GUGCAGUCCAGCUUGGAUACAGUGGGAAUCCGGCCUGGGCGGCCCAGCCCAGUCUUCUCUGGUGUGUGCGUUUGCAUAACGAAUUAUUCACAGGAAAAUGGCUCCAACGAGAAUGGUGGCCAGAGACUCCAUCCUGUACCUAGAACCAGGGCCUGGGACUGUAAACAGAUGAAAACCUUAUUUUCUCUCGCCUUCAAUAACUGGAUUUGGAACAGAAAUCAAGGAUUGAAGUUGUGGGUCUGAAUCAACCCUAAGGGUUUUGUUUUCCCUCUUAUGAAGUGAAAACAACAGUGAAAUGUCAACGAUUCACAUCUUCAGGAGACGGUAGGGCAAAGUGGCCAAGAGCUCAGACAGUCGGGAGUUCCCAUCCCACUCUACCCUCUCCAGAGGUUAGGUGAGGAGCCUUUCCAAACCUCAGCUUCCCUGGAUAUCAAAUAGGAGCAAUUUUACCCUCCUGGCAGCGGUGUUGUGAGGAUUAAAUACAAGAAUGCAGAAGUACUCCUCAAAUGAAGGGCAUUCAGCAAGAGCCCAGUAAAUAACAGUGAUAAUGGUGAAGAGGACGAUAUUGAAUUGGCAUCUUGCCAGGCAUGACAUUUUCAAAACUUUCCAUUCAUGUCUGAAGAGGAAGGAUCAGAGGUGAAAAAUCAAACUGUCUCAAUGUUGUAAGUUUUACAAGCCUAGGAGCCAGAGGCAGAAACAGCCAGGGCAGAAGGCAGAAUCAACACAUUGAGAGCCUAGCUCUGUGGCGUUGCCCACAUCUGCCUUUCAGGGUCGGGGCUCCCUUCCUGGUGUUGAAAAGAGGAUCUUUGCAUCUAAAAUAGUGUGUAUGAUGACUGUGCGACACGACCACCAGACUCAGAAAUACUCACCUGCCUCAGACAUAAAAGUGAGGACUUCGUUCAUUACAUUGAUCCUCUGUGAAACCUCAAAGGGUAGCAAUCAGCUAAUUGAAGAAAAAUGAUAAGUUGGACACAUUGCUUGGAUGUACUGAAAGUAAGGCUCAGAGCAAAACCCGCUCCCUUCUGCCUCAUAUUGGGAAAGGUAACAGGGACUAGUGCAGAGAGAGGCAUGGAGAGAACUCGGAUGAGAUCAUUGUCCUUUCACCUGGCAGCUGUCCAGCCCCCAAAUAGCUUUUGUUUCCAGUCCAAAAAUAAGAUCACAUGAGAGGGGGAGAAAUAAAUACACAGUGCUUGUCCUUGGCCUUUCUGUGGGCAUACCAGUGUCAGCUGCACUUGUAGGGGCCCAAGUGCCUCAUGACCCACUCCGCAGCCUUCCUCUCCAGGAUCCCCAAGGCUAGGAGGCCAACCUACUAACAGCAGCCUGCCUGCAGCCGUCCUGGUAGAACAGUGUGGACAUUGCAGAAGCUGUCACUGCCCCAGAAAGAAAGCACCCCAGAGCCAAGGCAAAGAGUCUUGAAAGCGCCACAAGCAGCAGCUGCUGAGCCAUGGCUGAAGGGGAAAUCACCACCUUCACAGCCCUGACCGAGAAGUUUAAUCUGCCUCCAGGGAAUUACAAGAAGCCCAAACUCCUCUACUGUAGCAAUGGGGGCCACUUCUUGAGGAUCCUUCCGGAUGGCACAGUGGAUGGGACAAGGGACAGGAGCGACCAGCACAUUCAGCUGCAGCUCAGUGCGGAAAGCGUGGGGGAGGUGUAUAUAAAGAGUACCGAGACUGGCCAGUACUUGGCCAUGGACACCGACGGGCUUUUAUACGGCUCACAGACACCAAAUGAGGAAUGUUUGUUCCUGGAAAGGCUGGAGGAGAACCAUUACAACACCUAUAUAUCCAAGAAGCAUGCAGAGAAGAAUUGGUUUGUUGGCCUCAAGAAGAAUGGAAGCUGCAAACGCGGUCCUCGGACUCACUAUGGCCAGAAAGCAAUCUUGUUUCUCCCCCUGCCAGUCUCUUCCGAUUAAAGAGAUCUGUUCUGGGUGUUGACCACUCCAGCGAAGUUUCGAGGGGUCCUCACCUGGUUGACCCAAAAAUGUUCCCUUGACCAUUGGCUGCGCUAACCCCCAGCCCACAGAGCCUGAAUUUGUAAGCAACUUGCUUCUAAAUGCCCAGUUCACUUCUUUGCAGAGCCUUUUACCCCUGCACAGUUUAGAACAGAGGGACCAAAUUGCUUCUAGGAGUCAACUGGCUGGCCAGUCUGGGUCUGGGUUUGGAUCUCCAAUUGCCUCUUGCAGGCUGAGUCCCUCAAUGCAAAAGUGGGGCUAAAUGAAGUGUGUUAAGGGGUCUGCUAAGUGGGACAUUAGUAACUGCACACUACUUCCCUCUACUGAGUAAACCCUGUCUGUGAUUCCCCCAAACAUCUGGCAUGGCUCCCUUUUGUCCUUCCUGUGCCCUGCAAAUAUUAGCAAAGAAGCUUCAUGCCAGGUUAGGAAGGCAGCAUUCCAUGACCAGAAACAGGGGCAAAGAAAUCCCCCCUUCAGAACAGAGGCAUUUAAAAUGGAAAAGAGAGAUUGGAUUUUGGUGGGUAACUUAGAAGGAUGGCAUCUCCAUGUAGAAUAAAUGAAGAAAGGGAGGCCCAGCCACAGGAAGGCAGAAUAAAUCCUUGGGAGUCAUUACCACGCCUUGACCUUCGCAAGGUUACUCAGCAGCAGAGAGCCCUGGGUGACUUCAGGUGGAGAGCACUAGAAGUGGUUUCCUGAUAACAAGCAAGGAUAUCACAGCUGGGAAAUUCAUGUGGAUCUGGGGACUGAGUGUGGGAGUGCAGAGAAAGAAAGGGAAACUGGCUGAGGGGAUACCAUAAAAAGAGGAUGAUUUCAGAAGGAGAAGGAAAAAGAAAGUAAUGCCACACAUUGUGCUUGGCCCCUGGUAAGCAGAGGCUUUGGGGUCCUAGCCCAGUGCUUCUCCAACACUGAAGUGCUUGCAGAUCAUCUGGGGACCUGGUUUGAAUGGAGAUUCUGAUUCAGUGGGUUGGGGGCAGAGUUGCUGCAGUUCCAUCAGGCCCCCAGGUGCAGGUGCUGACAAUACUGCUGCCUUACCCGCCAUACAUUAAGGAGCAGGGUCCUGGUCCUAAAGAGUUAUUCAAAUGAAGGUGGUUCGAUGCCCCGAACCUCACCUGACCUCAACUCACCCUUAAAAAUGCACACCUCAUGAGUCUACCUGAGCAUUCAGGCAGCACUGACAAUAGUUAUGCCUGUACUAAGGAGCAUGAUUUUAAGAUGCUUUGGCCCAAUGCCUAUAAAAUGCCCAUUCCGAAGAUAUACAAAAACAUACUUCAAAAAUGUUAAACCCUUACCAACAGCUUUUCCCAGGAGACCGUUUGUAUUACCAUUACUUGUAUAAAUACACUUCCUGCUUAAACUUUACCCAAGUGGCUAGCAAAUUAGAAACACCAUUCAUCUCUAACAUAUGAUACUGAUGCCAUGUAAAGGCCUUUAAUAAGUCAUUGAAAUUUACUGUGAGACUGUAUGUUUUAAUUGCAUUUAAAAAUAUAUAGCUUGAAAGCAGUUAAACUGAUUAGUAUUCAGGCACUGAGAAUGAUAGUAAUAGGAUACAAUGUAUAAGCUACUCACUUAUCUGAUACUUAUUUACCUAUAAAAUGAGAUUUUUGUUUUCCACUGUGCUAUUACAAAUUUUCUUUUGAAAGUAGGAACUCUUAAGCAAUGGUAAUUGUGAAUAAAAAUUGAUGAGAGUGUUAGCUCCUGUUUCAUAUGAAAUUGAAGUAAUUGUUAACUAAAAACAAUUCCUUAGUAACUGAACUGUCAUAUUUAGAAUGGAAGGAAAAUGACAGUUUGUGAAAGUUCAAAGCAAUAGUGCAAUUGAAGAAUUGACCUAAGUAAGCUGACAUUAUGGUUAAUAAUAGUAUUUUAGAUUUGUGCAGCAAAAUAAUUUCAUAACUUUUUUGUUUUUGUUACUUGGAUAAGAUCAAUCUGUUUUAUUUUAGUAAAUCUUUGUAGGCAAGUUAGAAAAAAUGCAGUGUGGCUUAACAUCUCUUUAGUAUGAAGAUUUGGCCAGAAAAAGAUACCCAGAGAGGAAAUCUAAGAUAAUUAUAAUGGUCCAUACUUUUUAUUGUAUGAAUCAAACUCAAGCAUAACAUUGGCCAAGGAAAAUUAAAUACCACUGCUAACUUGUGAAAUGGAAGUCUGUGAUUUCGGAGAUGCAAAGCAUUGUAGUAAAAACACCAAUGUGACCUCGACCAUCUCAGCCCAGAUAUCAUUCAUGUAUCUGUUCAAUGACUAUUAAGGUGCCUACUGUGUGCUAGGCACUGUACUGGAUACUGGGGACCUUGUCUGUCUGGUUUGCUGCUGUAUCUUCUCCCAGGGCAUUAUAUUUAUGAUGAAAGAUGCUGUGGAUUCAAUUCUUUCAGUCAAGAAUAAACACAGACUUUGUAGGUUCCUGCUGAAUAAAGCAAAUCCCAGAAACCCAGAUUUUGGAAGAAUCAGCAACCCCCAGCAUAAAAUAAACCCCUAUCAAAAUGUCAGAGGACAUGGCAAGGUAAACCUAGCAUUUUCAACUUUAGAACCGGGUCAGCUUCAGGGGGACUGCUUUCAAAUCAGCCAAAGAGCCUGUCAGAUCUUCUUAGAAGGAAGAGGUUGGUAGUUCCCUGCUCUGUUUUGAACAUGCUCUAGUUUAUUAACCUGGGGACAUUCCCAUUGCUGUCUUAAGUAAGUCUCAUAGCCAGCUCCUGUCACGUGCCUCUCAUAUGGAUUCAUUUUCGGGCCAGCUCUGAACAAAGCAUCAUGAACAUAUGUGCUUUUGGUCGUUUGCAAUGUGAUGGUGGUGGAGGUAGGUAUUGGUUUCCUUGGAAGUCAUGAUAAGAAAGAUUCCUAUGGCCAACAGUGUGUAUGAACAAAAAACUGAUUGGAGCAUCAGCUAUUACUGAAGGUCCUUGCUUUGUGUCAGAGGCAAAGGAACCCAAGUCGCCAAGUCCUCAGCUUUGAGUGUACUGCUGACAACUAAACUCACAGGCUGCAAAGCAGACCUCUGAUGAAGAUGCCUGUUAUUUCACAUCACUGUCUUUUUGUGUAUCAUAGUCUGCACCUUACAAAUAUUAAUAAAUGUUCCAAUAAUAGGUGA